AUGGCUGAAUUUCUUUCUGGUGCGACGCUGGUUCUAAAAGAUGGAUCGAAAGUGUCAGCACAAAAUCAUUUGAAAGAUAAAGUGGUCGGAUUGUAUUUUUCAGCCGGAUGGUGUCCAGCUUGUCGCCCGUUCACACCAAAAUUGAAGGAGAAGAAACCAUUUGAAGUUGUGUUUGUUUCGAGAGAUAAAGAGAAGGAGGAUCUUGACGAAUAUUUCGAUGAACACCAAGGCAACUGGUGUUACAUCGAAUUCGGUGAUCCACUCAUCGAGCAGUUGUAUCAAAAGUAUGAUGUGGUUGGAAUGCCAACGUUGCGCAUCAUUAAGUCAGAUGGCAGUGUUGCGGUUGAAGAUGCACGUAAAGAACUGGUGGAUAGAGGCGCUGAUGAGCCUUUAGCACUUUUUAACGAUUGGCAGAAAGCUUCUUCUAAUUAG